CCGGUUCCUCCCAGCAGCCUCUCGCUUCACAGGGAAAGCUUUUCUUCUCUCAGCGGCAGCAGCAGCAGCAGCAGCGGGAGGAUUUCUGACUCUCACGCGCCGGAUAUUCAUCACAUUAACACAGAAAAACCCUCCAAAGCUUCUGAGAGCAGCUGGACUCUGAUCCUCUGAUCCGGGUCGUGAAUCUCCUCCACGUCCCCUUCACCUUCCUCCAUCCACACCCUUGUUCUCAGUAAUCAGUGAUCCCGACAGCCAGCGCCUCUCUGCUGUGGCGCACUCCGGUUCUCUUGUUUUCUGUCAUGGUAGAUUAUCACGCUUCUAAUAACCAAUCCUCCGCCGGAGGUGUGCAGAACCACAUGGAGCAGGAGAACGAAUGGGACCGGGACCUACUGCUGGACCCGGCCUGGGAGAAACAGCAGAGGAAGACAUUCACGGCGUGGUGCAACUCCCACCUGAGGAAGUCCGGCACGCAGAUCGAUAACAUCGAGGAGGACUUCAGGGAUGGGCUCAAACUCAUGCUGCUGCUGGAGACCAUCUCAGGCGAACGGUUACCCAAGCCUGAGCGAGGCAAGAUGAGGGUCCACAAGAUCAACAAUGUUAACAAAGCCCUGGACUUCAUCGCAGGCAAAGGAGUCAAGCUGGUCUCUAUUGGAGCAGAGGAAAUCGUGGACGGAAACGCCAAGAUGACCCUGGGAAUGAUCUGGACCAUCAUCCUCCGCUUCGCCAUCCAGGACAUCUCUGUAGAAGAGACCUCUGCGAAGGAGGGUCUUCUGUUGUGGUGCCAGAGGAAGACCGCUCCCUACAAGAAUGUCAAUGUGCAGAACUUCCACAUUAGCUGGAAGGACGGUCUCGCCUUCAACGCUCUGAUCCACAGACACAGACCUGAGCUCAUCGAUUACGACAAACUCAGAAAGGAUGACCCCGUGACCAACCUGAACAACGCCUUUGAGGUGGCUGAGAAGUACCUGGACAUCCCCAAGAUGUUGGACGCAGAAGACAUCGUGGGUACGCUGCGGCCGGAUGAGAAGGCCAUAAUGACAUAUGUAUCCUGCUUCUAUCAUGCCUUCUCUGGCGCACAGAAGGCUGAGACGGCCGCCAAUCGUAUCUGCAAAGUGCUGGCUGUCAACCAGGAGAACGAGCAGAUGAUGGAGGAUUACGAGAAACUAGCCAGUGAGCUGCUGGAGUGGAUCCGUCGGACCAUCCCCUGGCUGGAGAACCGAACCCAGGAGAAGACCGUGAAUGACAUGCAGGCCAAACAGGAGGACUUCAGAGACUACCGCUGUGUCCACAAACCACCCAAGGUCCAAGAGAAAUGCCAGCUGGAGAUCAGCUUCAACACUCUGCAGACUAAACUGAGACUCAGCAACAGACCUGCCUUCAUGCCAUCAGAGGGACGCAUGGUGUCUGAUAUCAACGGAGCGUGGCACACUCUGGAGGGAGCAGAAAAGGGCUACGAGGAGUGGAUCCUCAGCGAGAUCAGACGUCUGGAGAGACUGGAACAUCUGGCCGAGAAGUUCCACCAGAAGGCUGCCAUCCACGAGUCCUGGACCGAUGGUAAGGAGGCCAUGCUGACCCAGAAAGACUACGAGACCUCCACCCUGUCAGAAGUCAAGGCGUUGCUACGGAAACACGAGGCCUUUGAGAGCGACCUGGCAGCCCAUCAGGACCGAGUGGAGCAGAUCGCCGCCAUCGCACAGGAACUCAACGAGCUGGACUACUACGACUCUGCCAGCGUCAACGCUCGCUGUCAGAAGAUCUGUGAUCAGUGGGACUCCCUGGGAGCUCUCACCCAGAGCCGCAAAGAGUCGCUGGAGAGGACAGAGAAACAGCUAGAGUCGAUAGAUGAGCUUUACCUGGAGUACGCCAAGAGAGCGGCGCCCUUCAACAACUGGAUGGAGGGAGCGAUGGAGGACCUGCAGGACAUGUUCAUCGUCCACAACAUCGAGGAGAUCCAGGGUCUCAUCACAGCCCACGAGCAGUUCAAGUCCACCCUGAAGGAUGCCGACAAGGAGCGUGAGGCCAUUCAGGCCAUCCAGGCGGAGGUGCAGAAGAUCGCCCAGAGCAACGGCAUCAAGCUGAGUGGAGCCAACCCGUACACCACCAUCACACCCGAGAGCAUCGACAGCAAAUGGGAAAAGGCGAUGGACAUGGUGCCUCAGCGUGAUAACGCCCUGCAGGAUGAGCUUAACAAACAGAACUCCAACGACAAUCUGAGAGCCAAGUUUGCCACACAGGCCAACGCUGUCGGCGCCUACAUACAGGACAAAAUGGAGGAAAUCGGCAGGAUAUCCAUCGAGAUGAACGGCACCCUGGAGGACCAGCUGACCAACCUGAAGGACUACCAGACCACCAUCAUGUCUUACAUGCCUGAAAUCAACACGCUGGAGGGAGACCAUCAGCUCAUCCAGGAGGCCCUCAUCUUCGACAACCAGUACACUUCCUACACAAUGGAGCACCUCCGUGUGGGCUGGGAGCAGCUGCUGACCACCAUCGCCAGAACCAUCAACGAGGUGGAGAACCAGAUCCUGACAAAGGAUGCCAAGGGCAUCAGCCAGGAGCAGCUCUACGAGUACCGCGCCUCCUUCAACCACUUUGACAAGACCUUACAAGGGGGUGAGAGAGGAGCCAAGCGUGAUCACAGCGGGGCUCUGAUGGCCGAGGAGUUCAAGGCCUGUUUGAUCAGUCUGGGCUACGAUGUGGAGAACAACAAGCAGGGAGACAGCGAGUUUGCUCGCAUCAUGGGCAUAGUGGACCCCAACGGCAGCGGCGCCGUCACCUUCCAGGCCUUCAUUGACUUCAUGUCCCGGGAAACAACCGACACGGACACCGCAGACCAGGUCAUCGCCUCCUUCAAGAUCCUGGCCGCUGAUAAGACCUUCAUCACCCCCGAGGAGCUGAGGAGGGAGCUCCCCGCCGACCAGGCGGAGUACUGCAUCGCCCGCAUGGCGCCGUACACGGGGCCCGACGCCGCCCCUGGAGCCCUCGACUACAUGUCCUUCUCCACCGCCCUGUACGGAGAGAGCGACCUGUAGAGCAGGCUAAGAGGAAGAGGAGGGCUGGACGGACGAGGGAGGGAGGGAGGGAAGGAGGGAGAGGAGGAUGAAGAAGAGGGGCGGGAAGGUAGAAAGUUAUUCUGUGCGUAGAGAGGACGCCAGGAAUCGAGCGUUUUGGAAGAAUUUGAGUGGCGGUUGUGAGGUGCCCCUGCGUGUGCCGGUUUAGAAAUCAUCAGAAGUGUUUUUAAGACUCUGAGCUUGUUGAUAUUGAUAGUUGAGUUUUUGGCCUCUGUGGAUCGUUUUCCAGCUCCGUCGUGUCGUAAACAGAUCAAGAGUUAAUCGUAUAUGAACAGGCAUAUCCAGGGGCAGCUGUGGGACAGUUGCUCUGUAGUGCGGGUCCUUAGCUUCACCCUCUCUGCCUUUGUGGGGUCAAACGUGGGAGGGACGGGGGGGGGCACAAGCUAAUCUGAUACUUAUGCUAAUUUUUGUUUAUUUUAUUAUAAUUUCUUUCUUCUUGCCAGAGGGGGGUUCAGGGCCGGGGCAGGGCGGCGUGGGGUUUGACGUGGCGACUGGCGAGGUUUGUGUAUUAGAUCCUAGAGAGAUAUAUGCUGCGGGGUCAGGGGUCGGGAGGGAGGGAGGGGGGGGGUGUUGACCAACCAGAGAUAAAAUGACAUAUUUACCCAUAAUUCCCAUGUUGCUGGAUAAGGUGACCUGUCUAACCUCAGCUCUUUUUCCUCCUUCGGUCUGCUUUUUUUUUGUUUAUUUUCUGGAGCAGGUGGGUGGUCGGGUCUUGUCGGGUCGGGUUCGGUCUUGUCGGGUCGGGUCUGGUUGGGUCGGGUGGGGUGGUGGUGGUGUUGGUGGUGGUGGGAGGGCGGGGCUCAGCGCUGUACAUACUUAUUUUUUCAGUGCGAGGAACGACACACACAGUCCCAGUUGUUGAGAAUAAUGGAUGGCAGGCUUUCCAGUAGGGCAAAGUAGAGUGACAUUUAUUAUUAAAAAAAAUAAAAUGACAAAACACAGAAAUUUAAAAGCCAAUGAUAGCGACACCGAGAGAGCAGUUUCACCAGUGGAUAGGUUUGAGCUUCCAGAAGGUUUUUCUUUUUUUUUUUUGUCUUUUCGCAAUGGAAAAAGUUGGUAGCCAUGAAGUUGAGGCUUGUGUACCUAAAAGGCCUUCUCCUGUAUAAAUAUCCCAUGACAGGCAACACCAUAAUUAUCCACAAAUAUUUGCUUCUGUGAAACUAUUCUCCUCCUGGGGUGGGCUUCAGGUGCUUAUUUAAAUACAAAAACUAUACAUUUAUAUGAUAGGAAAGAUUGUAGUAGUCAAAGUUAGUCCAGUUUUAUAUACCAGAAAUCGUACACAUGCAGAAAUAUACUCACGUGGAUGCAUUUGAUUGGCUGAAUGAAGGUUUCUUGCACUUCCUGGAUUUCUAGAGCUGCCGCAGAGCUCCCCCCUGUGACUUUUGGAAAAAAUGCUGGAAGUAAUAAAAUAAAAUAAAUGUGCCUGUUGGUGGCUACAGCCCUGUCACUCUCUCUCUCCCUCACUCUGCCACGUCCUCCCCCUUUCUCUCCCCCUCUCUCUCGCUCUACAUCCCGUCAUUUGUCUCUGAAGAAAAGGGAAAGAAAAUUUACUGCAAGGAAGGAGGGAGGGGAAAGAUCUUUAUGUAAACAUUCCAUUAUGUGCAAAUAUUAAAAAAGAAAAAGAGGAAAUUGUUAUGUAAUAAAAAAAAAACUAUGCAAUCAUAAUGUGUUCAAUAUCUGGGGAAAGUUGUGGGCAUCAAUCAGGCCCUCCCUGUCUAAAUUAAACAGAGGAUUUCUCCAGUGUUUGUUGGCUGUUACGGGGGUGAGGAGGGGGAGACAGACAGACGGAGGGACGGAGGGACAGACAGGGAAGGAACUGAGAAGAAAAGACUCGGACCAAAAGCUUGUUUCUUUUUUUUCUCUCCUUUCUCUUUUUUCCCUGCGAGGUUGGAGAGAAAUGAACUCUGGAAUUGUGAUUUUUCCUUUUUUUGUACUCUUUAAUAUCAAACCUUAUCUGCUGUACUGGAAACUGCAACGCCUUCUGUCUCUAAUGAUGAGUUUCACAAAGCACACAUAAAAGUUUCCUUACAAAAUA